GACGUGUUGGACAAGGUGCAGAAGUCCAGGCUGGUGUUCAUCCACUGCAAUGGCGGGGCGCUAUGCUGCGCGCUCCUGGCCGCCCUUGGCCACAUGAACAUAAGCAAGGGCAAGGAGGCCCUGUAUGUGGACAAGCAGUUCGACCACUUCCUGAAGGCGGUGAUGGUGGUUAUCAGGGGCUCUGAGCACAGGACAUGA